AGCAAUCAGAUUUGGGUCAUCACAUCUCUAAUUAGUGCACAUCGCGAUGGCUUCUAAGUUGACAACAGUCUUCUGCAAAAACCUCUUUGCAGGUAAAGUUGCAGUCGUGACAGGUGGAGGAACUGGUAUAGGCAAGGCUAUAUCCAAGGAGCUUGCAGAGCUUGGCUGCAGAGUGGUGAUAGCCUCAAGGAAGUUGUCCACACUUGAGGAAGCAGCCAAAGAGCUCAAUAAAUAUGUGACAGACAAGGACCAGGUCAAGAGCUCUGUUGUGUAUCCCUUUCAGUGCAACAUCAGACAUGAAGAUCAAGUGGAGGCUCUCAUGGACUACACUGUUCAGCAGCACGGCCGUAUUGACUACCUGGUCAAUAAUGGAGGUGGUCAGUUCAUGAGCCCACUGGCCUACAUGAAGACCAAGGGCUGGAACGCUGUCAUCGAUACCAACCUCAAUGGCACCUACUAUUGCUUGAAGCACGCCUACCACAAGUGGAUGAAGGAAAACGGUGGCUCUAUAGUUAACAUUAUUGUGGACAUGCUGACUGGAUUCCCAGGAAUGGCACACACCGGUGCGGCCAGGGCUGCUGUGGAGAACAUGUCCAAGAGUCUGGCAGUAGAGUGGGCAUCAGAUGGUGUCAGGAUCAAUAACAUUGCUCCCGGUGUCAUCUACUCUCCCACAGCAGCUGCCAACUACAAGAGUGACGAUGUGUUUGACAUGUACCUCGAGAAUAUUCCAGCCAGGAGAGUGGGUUACCCUGAGGAGAUCUCGGGGGCGGUGUGUUUCCUGCUCUCUCCGGCCGCUAGCUACACGACUGGUGUCACAGUUGCUAUUGACGGAGCGUGGGGACUCUACAAAAAGAACUAUGAAGUGCCUGACCACGAGGGAAAAUGGCCGCUAGGUGUGCAUUCUGACUAUGUCAAGUCUAAACUUUGAAAGAGCCAGUAGUGAUCUAAUAUGAUGUGUGUAAUUAAUUUAUUACUCAGCAGGUUUUAAUGUGUUGACAUUAAUUGUGGUUUUUAUAAUGUGUUUAAAAUCGAGGUAUUCACAUGAACGAUUUGAAUAGG